GCAAAACAAUCAAAAAUAGGUAUUCAUUGUUUAUGCUUUUAAAGUUUUGUGUUCGAACUGGUUCGAACACCAAAAACCAAACAAAUUCGGAUUUUAAUAGAAAUAGAAUGAAUGAUUCUUAAUUCUUAGAAAUGGCUUCACAAAGGAUUGAAAAUUUGACGAGUUUGAGACCUCACCAAGCUGAGCUCCAACAAUUGGGCGAAUUAGCUGGAGUUUUCAUGGAUGGAAGUGUUUUCAGGCUUCUCAUUGAACUUCUAAAUAUGGGAAUAGAUCCUGAUACCAUUUUCAAUCUGCUGAAAGAUAUCAAGAGAUCAAGAAAUAUAAAGUCAAGAUCAUCUGUAGUACCAUCCCAGAAGUCCAUAAGAAGUAAAGUUAAUAUUCGGCAAGAGUGAUACACAAGUUUGUGCCUGUUAAUAUUAGCGAAGACAAACAACUUAUAAAUCUAGUGAUAUUAAAAUCUGAGUAAUUAAAAAAAAUUGUGGUAGAA